CCGGUCCCCCAGUCACUGUUCAACGUCCGACGAGGACAGUCGAACCCCGCGAUAACCCAUUCACAAUUCAUCAAUAUUCCCCUCCCCCGGAGACCACUGGGCAUCGAUAAUUUCCGUGAUAGUCGAUGUGAGACCGCGAGAAGAAAAAAAAUCGCGAAGAUAGCGAUUGUCCUCCCUCCCUAAAAUUCGGAGGCUUCGGAGUUUGUAUUUUGCCGCCAUGGACGUCAAGUGCAAUCGGCGCGGCUCCUUCCGGUCUGCCGAACCUCUGGACGGCCUCGCCUGAUCCCCCUCCCCUGUCCCUCUAUCAUCCUCCCUCGAUCCCUCCGCCACCCUCCCGCCCCCCGAUCCUGCUCCUAGGCCGUAGCGCCAGGAUACCGGACACAAUUCUGAGUGGAUGUAAAUAAAGAGGGCCUGGACACUGUGAAGUAUCAUCACCGUCUGGUCUCUCUAUAACUGGUAUUGACGUCACUCCAAUGUCGACCCUGGUGUGCUGUGAGCCGGUGUCCGCGGGACGUCCCCGGGACAACCUAAAGCUCGCACUCAAUCGUAGUCUGAGUGAGCCCGGACCAGCGUGCGAUCGUUUCAUCCCAACAACACCCACAUCUCCAACAUUAUCAACAAUAUCGUCGGAGUGUAGUAAUCAGGAUGGUUGUUCCACAAGUGCAAGUGGCGGUAGCACAAACAGCAUAGACAUCGGUGACAGCGAUCAUCUUCUGCAUCAUUAUCACUUUCAUUAUCAUCAUUAUCAUCGUCAGAGCAGCCUCUUCACGGCUUCAUCAUCACUUACGGCACCAAAACGCUGCAAACUGGAGACCGUAAGUCUGCCGACCAGUCCCUGCAAUGAGGGAACAACACUACAACGCCAGUUGAUCAUCAAUCAAUCAAGAACUAUCGAUCCUGAUGAACUUGCACGACGGCUUCAGAUGCAGCCUGACAGCAUUGUUCUUCUUGACUGUCGGCCCUUCAUUGUUUACAAUGUUAAUCACGUGAGGGGAGCGAUUAAUGUUAAUUGCUCGGACAGAUUCAACCGGAGACGAUUGCAAAUGGGUAAAGCAACACUAGCCGAUCUGGCAACUGCACGGGAGGGCAAGGAUAUUUUGAGAAAACGACAUUAUAAAGAGGUUGUGCUUUAUGACGACUGUACCGCCGAUUUGGAACAUCUACCUGUGCAACAUCCGCUCUUCUUGGUUAUCACUGCACUCGUGGAAGACCACCGAGAACCCACGCUUCUUAUUGGAGGCCACAAGGAAUUUCACAGAAGACACCGCGAUCUCUGCGAGGAUACGCUCCUGCCCGGGGGGAGUAGCUCCCCCCCAGCAUCAGUGAGUGGCUGCACAAGUCCGGGUCCAGGAUGUCCCGUAAUGAGCAUUGGCCAGCCCACGACACCCCAGCCAGCAGACAUCGACAAUCAUCCGGCCUCGCGGGUUCUGCCAUUUCUGUACCUGGGUAAUGGAAGGGAUGCUGCUGAUCUGCAGCUACUGCAGGCACUGGGGACCACGAGGGUCCUUAAUGUCACUUCACAACUGCCUGGAUAUCACGAAACACGGGGGAUAACCUACAGACAGAUACCCGCCACUGAUUCGGGACAUCAGAAUCUCAAGCAGUACUUCGAGGAGGCUUUUGAUUUCAUAGAGGAAGCGAGGAAAGCUGGCAGCAGCGUGUUAGUCCACUGCCAGGCCGGAGUGUCCCGUAGUGCAACUAUCGCCAUUGCCUACAUAAUGCGACACAAAGGCCUCUCCAUGGUAGAUGCCUAUAAAUUAGUCAAGAACGCCCGCCCCAUCAUCAGUCCUAAUCUCAACUUCAUGGGGCAGCUCCUGGAGUUGGAGCAGGGCCUGAAAGCAACCACCGAGGAGUCUGGCGAUCCCGAGGAACCCACGACCUACCACCCCUGUAGAUGGAGUCAUCCUCAGGCAAAUGACAAGGUCACCUCGGGCUGCAGUGUCUGAGGAAAACCCCUCCCCAGCGAUUGCUGGUCGAACUACAUAUCCUUAAACGUGUCUUUUAAUUCUUCUCGUUGAUUCCCCACAACAAAAAUACCAUCACUGAUUUUCCAAUGAAGGAUUCAAAUCACCUCGAGCUAAUGUGCCUUCGAGCUAAGGCUGAUCUACCCAUGAAACAAUAAUGAUAAAUCAUGAGAAACAUUCGCCAAUGACAUAAUGGAAAUCAGUAGUUCAGGGAAUGAAAAAUGUAACGAUUAAAGUGAGAUGAAAACACGUUUGUCUAGGUGUUUUCAAAAAUAAUAAUUUAUACCUCGACGAAUUAAAGACUAUUGAGAUGCUGAUGUAACGGAUAAUGGAUGAAUAUCGAACUGUUGACGAGUGUUGUACUUAUACCGGGUGUCAGGUAGUUGAGAGGGAGAGAGAGUGAACAACCGCAAGAAUGUACCUAAAAGAGAAAUUACAGGGAUGAGAGAUCGUCCUGUGGAGUUGAAUAAUUAAUGUAGUUUUCGAAGGAUUAAUAUAUCGUUAAUGGUUUAGUCUUAGUCUACAAGCUCUUCCCCUCCCCCGAGUGAGAGAUCUCGGGAGUGAAAACCAAAUACUGAAGUCUGGGAAAAAUUUUGGGACAUAAUUUCUCAGUCGAAAGAGGACGGGAAAAUAUCAAUGAACGCUUAACAAAUUCGUUCACUCCAUAGGAAUUUUAUGGAACAGCUAGAGGGUCGUCUGGAGAGCAUAAAUAAUUUGAAUCGACCUUUCUAAACACGAGGUGGAGGUGCCUGAAACCCAAUCACGAUGAUGACAUGAUAUCUGGGACCAUCUCGUAUUUGUGGACAUUUCUUAGAAUUAUUUGGGCCCUUUAAAUUGUCUCCAGGUUGUUUCAUCCGAUUCCUUAAAUAGGAAUGAUCUAUUUCCUCCAACUCAGUAUUUUUUUUUUUACUCCUAAAUACUCUUAAUUAUCUUCUUGUUUUAUUAGCAUUUAAGGGUCCACGUGGAUUCACUAAAAACCAUCGUGAUCUAGUCGUUUGUUGGGAUGAAUGGGAGAAUUAACACCUGGAUUGACCGAGGGGAAUAAUUAUUAGUGUUUAUGAAGCUUAAACUAGUGGAUGAUUCGCCAGUGGAAUAUUGGAUUCAAUCUCUAGUUCAAGAGUUGGUAAAUAUUGUCAACUCUUUGGGGCUCUAAAAAGAAAUUCUCACGUUUGCCCUCAUAAAUCCCCUACAGUCAGUGUUUUACUGUCAAAUAUUCCUCUAGUUGGAGCUUCAUUCAGUGUUUUUAAUGCCUCGAGUGGAAUCUUAAAAAUCGAGCGUGAGAGAUGAUUGAUUUUAGUGCGUCGUAAAUGUCAAUUUUCUUUAUAAUAAAAGGUCAUGUUUAUUUAAAUCGCAGUAUUCAGUUGAGUUUAAUGGGAGAAUAUGUACAUUUAUACCAAAAAUAUAUGGAUCUAGCGAUGUUACUCGAGGCUAUUGGGAAUUUCUUAGUUUAACGGUAUAUUUUGAACACACGAGACUUAUUUCUAGGUGUAUUUGUUUCUCAGUGGAGAGAGUUCUCGUAGAUAAUGAUUAUUGAUAGAAUAGGGGUGAAGGUGAGAAUGGCCUAUGUUUAUGUAGAGUCGAAUUUACCCUCGACUGAGUGACAAUAAGUGAUAGAUUGGCGAGGAAUGUGGGACAAUUUUAUUGUUUAUGUUCCUCUUUUGGUUCUUGUAAUGAGUACAUAUCAGACUGGACGUCGCCUUUCACUCGUGAUUUAUUGAAGAGGAGUUUUCAUUGAUGUUCUACCGUACCACUCGCUAUUUUCAACUGCUUUUUUUUUAAAUGCUGAUUGUCUAUGGUUGUAUGAUGAGAAUGGAAAUUGUGUAAAUAAAGGAAGGAUUUGUGGUAA